AUGAGAAACUUCUCCAAACCCAUGUUUUCUUCCUCUUCUUCUUUCUCUUGGAAACCCCCGAAAAAGUACGAUGUGUUCUUGAGCUUUAGAGGUGAAGAUACCCGCCAUACGUUUACAGGUCACCUUUAUGAUGCCUUAAGCGAAAAUUUAUUAUUGUACACCUUCAAAGACGAAGAUAAACUGGAGAAAGGCAAAAGCAUUGCCCCAGAACUGCUGAAAGCCAUGAGAGAUUCGCGGUUUUCGGUGGUGAUUCUCUCACAAGGCUAUGCUUCUUCGAGUUGGUGUUUAAGGGAACUUGCAAAAAUUGUUGAAUGCAUGGGAGGCUCAUCAGGACAUAUUCUACCGAUUUUCUAUCAUGUAGAUCCAUCUCAUGUACGGAAACAGAGUGGGAGCUAUGGAGAUGCGUUCAAGAAACAUGAACAAAAUAGUAGUGGCCUCAACCCUCAAGAGGUGAAAAGCUGGAGAGAUGCAUUAACAACCGUUGGUAAUCUAGCUGGAUGGCAUGUCAAAGAUAAUGAGUAUGCGUUUCUUUUUCUCUUCAAUUACUCGUCUCUAUCAUUUGCAUUAAUGAAUAUAUCAGAUCUCCUGGGUAAAAGUCUUUGA